GCCCUAAAUAUCACGCAAUUGCAUCAUAUUCAUACCAUCCAGAAACCCUAGCUGCACUGCACGUACCGAAUUCCUGAUCUCAUCACCACAUCAACUCAACAAUGGCGGAAGUGGAGGUUGAUGUGGCGGCGGCUGGAGUGCCCAAGAAGAGGACGUUCAAGAAGUUCAGUUUCAGGGGAGUUGAUUUGGAUGCUCUCCUUGAUAUGUCUACGGAUGAGCUCGUCAAACUCUUCACUGCUCGUGCUCGCAGAAGGUUUCAGAGAGGUUUGAAGAGGAAGCCGAUGGCUUUGAUCAAGAAGCUGCGCAAGGCUAAAAGGGAAGCACCUGCUGGUGAGAAGCCUGAACUUGUGAAGACCCACCUGAGGAACAUGAUCAUCGUACCUGAAAUGAUAGGGAGCGUAAUUGGAGUGUACAAUGGGAAGACGUUCAAUCAGAUUGAAAUAAAGCCGGAGAUGAUUGGUCAUUACCUGGCCGAGUUCUCAAUUUCAUACAAGCCUGUGAAGCAUGGAAGACCUGGUAUCGGUGCCACCCACUCUUCUAGGUUUAUUCCAUUGAAAUAGAAGGAGUAAGUUGUUAUAUGAUUUAUGGAUCAGAUUCAGAUGGAUAUUUUGAACGUUUGGUUUAUGCUUAAUGUUGAAGAGUUUGCUACUUACUUUUUGUGUUAUUUUAAGUAGCAAGUGAUUUUUGUAUUUUGAAGCAGUUUUGGAAGAAAAAAAUCCUCCACAUUAGAGUUUUGAAUUGAAUGCCAGCAUACUAUAUCAAUUAU